AUGCCACAAAGACUUUCAAAACCAACAUCUUACCAAGAUAUCAAAGAUAAAGUCAAGGAAGCCGCUGAAGGACCAUUGAAGGGAAUUUUGGGUUACACUGAAGACAAAGUUGUGUCUUCUGACUUUAUUGGUGAUACCUAUUCAUCAAUCUUUGAUGCUAAAGCAGGAAUUUCAUUGAAUGACCAAUUUUUCAAACUUAUCUCAUGGUACGACAAUGAAUAUGGUUAUUCCAACCGUGUUGUGGACUUGAUCAAGUACAUGCAGUCUAAGGAUUAAACCGUAGUUUCAAGCUAUACUCUAUUCAGAAUAACCUUGCCCACUCGAUCGACGAAAACUUGUCGAGUUCGCGCAUGUCUGUUGCCACCAGUUGGCGCUGAUGUUUGCAGCAACGCCCCCGCCGACGUCCCGCAGGUGUAUAUGUAUACAAUAGUAACCGGUGACAGCAGCCGUCGACAACUAACGACCAAUCACAGCGCUCCUGACUUUCGCCAGGGGGUCUGACGGCUGCCGGCGGCUCAGUCGCGUGCGCUAAAGUGGGCAAGGUUAUUCUGAAUAGAGUAUACUACUAUAAAGUUAUGAUAAGUAACUAGACAUUUGUGUUUUAGGAUAAACUACAUUUUUUUUUGUUCCCCAUCAUUAAUAUUUUUGUUUA